GCGACUUACUCAUUUCGUGUCUGGGGACGUUAUAGCGUUAUCACUUAUCAAAAGCAGACUGCGGAGUUUGGUCUCCGCUAUAUUAUUCUUUACUCUAUGGUCUCCACUAUCCUUAUUAUAGACUUUAGUCUUCAUGGUUUAGAAAAAAAAAAUAAUGGUUAAUGCGUUAGUAGUUAUACCUAGUUGGUACUUAAUCGAGUAUAUAUCAUAUUAUCAUAAUAUGUCAUAGUACUUAUGAUUAUUGAAAAUUGUACCUACUUAUAUAAACAAAUUAAAUUAAUACUUAGAUAUUAUUAUUUAUCAUUGUUAAUAUUAAAAUAUCUUUCUUUCGGACUUCUGACUAUGAUUCAAGAUACUCUACUAAACUGUGGCUCUGACUCAUGACUACGCUGUGACCUGAGACACAAUAUUCUGACUUUUAUUGUAGUCAUUAGGGGUCUGAUACCUACUUUGAUGGUUGUUUUUGUUUUGUGACCAAAACAAAGUUCUUCCAUCUACCGAAGUACCAAGUGCAGAGUUUCAGAUUAAGAUUUGUUCAAAUACUUCAAAAGGUCUAAAAUGUCUAGAAUAAUUUCAUCUAUCAAAUGUGAGCAACAAAAUGUAUACAUUAAGCAAGAACAUAAUAUUGAUGAAUCAACUGAAUAUAAUGAUAGUAAUGAUGGAGAAUUUACUUAUCAAUGUUACAGGUCAGUGCAAGAUUCUAAAUAUACUACAGAAAAUUCUGAAACACAAAUAAAAACUGAAGUGGAUAUAAGUGACGACAUUAUACAUGAAAGUUUUUUUAAGAGAGAGAAUUACAAUUGUGAUCCAUCAAUCAUUAUGUGCCAUACGCCUACAACAUCUUACAUAAAAAGCGAGUCUACAAAUUGCAAUCUGAAUACUAAAGCUUUAACCAUAAAUUUAACACCUCCUGAACACAAGACUGCAUUAUAUGAAAAAAAACAAUACUUUUCUCAAAUUGAAAUCAAAUCUGAAAAACCAUAUAAAUGUGGUAUUUGUAAUAAAUCAUUUUCAUUGAAAGGAACCUUAAAAACUCACCUUUGGAUUCAUUUGAAAAUUAAACCUUACAAAUGUUUCAUUUGCUACAAAUCUUAUUCUCAGGCAUCAACUUUAAUUACUCACAAAAUAACUCAUAAGGCUGAGAAACCAUUUAAUUGUGAUAUUUGCAAAAAGUCGUUCGCACAGAAAGUAAAUUUGAAAACUCACAUGAUGUUUCAUAUGGGUGAAAAAUCUAAUAACAAAACUUGUAAUAAAAGAAUUUCAUUAAAAGAAUUUCAUACAAAAACUCUUACUGAUGAAAAUUCAAACAAAUCUGUCAUCUGUAAUAGAUUAUUGUCUCGAGGAACAACUUUAAGUGUUAAACAACCAUAUAAAUGCCAUAUUUGUAGUAAAUCAUUUUCAUAUAAAGGAACCUUGAAAACUCACUUAACAAUUCAUAAUAAAGAAAAACCAUAUAAAUGCCAUAUUUGUAGUAAAUCAUAUUCUCAGAAAGGAUACAUGAAAAUUCACACAAGAAUUCAUAAAAGAGAAAAUCCAUAAUAUAAAGAAAUAUUUAAAGAAAAAAAACAUUGUCUCAGACAUGAUUUUAAAUACAAACCACAUUAUUCAUAAGGUCCGUUAAAUAGUUAACUGUGCUCUCUGUAAACAGUCUUGCUCAAAAAAUACUUGUAAUUAAGUCACUUAAAAGUUUAUAAAAUAUACUAGCUGUUCUGCCUAAUAUUGUCCAGGGCAGAUUUGUAUUUUUAAUAAAUAUAUUUGUACAAAGUGAUAUA